AUGUUUGUCUAUCGAAGUCUUCAGGUUUUCGGACCCAGUCGUUUAGCCACACAACAAUGCAUUAGACGACUAUACUCAACAGAACUCGAUGCCCAUGACUAUGCAUUUAUGGGAGUGGGAGCUGACACGAGUGCGAUACGUGGGGUACUGGAGAAGUCUCAAGGCAUUGACGUUGGUGAUUAAAAAAUUUCUUGUAGUGAUGUUCGGAAGUAAAAGAUUUUCAAGUGUAAUAAACGCAGAAAUUUUAAGACUAUUGUGCCUCGAACUAAAAUCCCUUAUUCUUUCGUUAGGGGAUAAAAAAGGAGAAAAUUAUUUACUUAUUGUUAGG